GAGAGGCUCCGGAAGGAAGGCUAGGAAGUUGCUUUGGGGACCCUAGCCCCCCAGAGGCAGCUUUAAAGAAGUUUGUGUGGGAAUGGGGCCUCGCAGUCCUGUUAGCAGCGAGUCCUCUGUUGAGACCUGUGUAGCCUCAUUCCACCCGGGCUGCAGACACAGCACUGAAGGGACCAAGAGAGACACGCAUCUUUCUUUGGAGAAGUGUAUGGCCUAUGGGGAGUAGACACAUACACGAUGCAGUGUCUGGGCUGUCACAGAAGCCCACACCAAGAUCGGGGAGGAGGGGUGAUUCGGGCGGGACUGAGACCCGUCCAAGGAAGGCCUCCGGAGAAGGUUGUCAGAGUACAAGUCUUCCAAGAAGAUGGAGAGUUGCUCCCUUAAUAAAGUGUGGAUCUGGGAUGGAAAGAAUACUUUUGGAGAAAGAAAAUCCCUCUUGGAGCACCUUGAUCCCUUGGAGUGUUAUGGUACCUGGACGGGGUGGAGGUGAGCUGGUACCUUCAGUCAUCUGGGAGUAAAUAUUUGAAACUGGUGCCUGGUCAAGCAGCGCUUCCUUCCUGGCGUGGUUGGGGAUUUGGGGUGGUGAGCUGCAAGCUGCCCACCUUUCUGCACUGGACUUUGCAUUCCACACUUGGAAUUGGCUCCACUGGGUGCUGUGUACCUGGGCACACUCUACAAGAGCUCCAGCAAGCAACCACUAGGAUAAUCUCAUAAAUCGUUAUUGGGAAGAAGACAGAAGCUGUGAUUUUCAGAAUUAAGAAAAAGGAAAAAAGGGAUGGAAACUCAGAUCUGAAGUAGAUAAGUCACACAAUCGAGCUCUUGGUUGGAUGUGGAGAGCCACGAUUCCAUGCAGCUGCGUCUCGUUUGAAUCACUCCCACUCCAGCAGGUGCAGAAAUGUCCGUGGUGUGUCUGACAGACUUUGAGGCCCACGCGCGGGAGCGUCUGUCCAAGUCAACUUGGGAUUAUAUCGAAGGAGGAGCUGGUGAAGGCUUCACCCGGGACGACAACAUCGCAGCAUUUAAAAAAAUCCGCCUCCGGCCCCGGUACCUGAGAGAUGUGUCGCAGGUGGACACCCGGACCACAAUCCAAGGGGAGGAGAUCAGUGCCCCCAUUUGCAUCGCGCCCACGGGUUUCCACUGCCUGGCCUGGCCCGAUGGAGAGACCAGCACAGCCAGAGCUGCCCAAGCAGCCGGCCUCUGCUACAUCACCAGCACAUAUGCCAGCCGUACCCUGGAAGACAUCGUUGCCGCGGCCCCCAGAGGCUUCCGGUGGUUCCAGCUCUACGUGCAGCCAGAUCGGCAGCUAAACAAACAGCUGGUCCAGAGGGUAGAAUCCUUGGGGUUCAGAGCCCUGGUGAUCACCGUGGAUGUGCCCAAACUUGGCAACAGGCGACAUGACAUUCGCAACCAACUGAACUUGAAGACAAAUUUACUGCUAAAGGAUCUUCGGUCACCUCAGGAGAGAAAUUCAAUGCCAUAUCUGCAGAUGUCUCCCAUCGACUCAUCCUUCUGCUGGGAAGAUCUCUCCUGGUUUCGGACCAUAACUCAACUGCCCAUCAUCCUUAAAGGGAUCUUGACAAAAGAGGAUGCAGAGUUAGCUGUGAAGCACAAUGUGCAGGGCAUCAUUGUUUCCAACCACGGAGGGAGGCAACUUGAUGACGUUCCUGCUUCUGUGGACGCCCUGCCGGAAGUGGUGGCUGCCGUGAAAGGGAAACUGGAGGUGUACCUGGACGGUGGGGUCCGGACGGGCAACGACGUGCUCAAGGCUCUGGCCCUGGGGGCGAAGUGCGUCUUCCUGGGGAGACCAGUCCUGUGGGGUCUUGCCUGCAAGGGUGAACAUGGUGUUGGGGAAGUUUUGAACAUUUUAAAGGAUGAGUUCCACACAUCCAUGGCCCUUACAGGCUGCCGGUCGGUUGCUGAGAUCAAUCAGGACCUGAUCCAGUUCUCCAGGUUGUAAAGAAAGAGCUGGGACAGGACUGCCGAGGAAGACCAAGCCAGAGCCCGUGUGUGACACCAUCCUGCCCAGGCCCCAAUCCUCCCAUCCAGCGGCUCAACCACUUCACCCCACACUUCCGACCCCAAACCCUCAUCUGCCUCAAAUGUGUCAGGCCCUCCUCUGCCUCACUGCUUUGUAUAUGCUGUUCUCUCGCCUGAAAUCCCCCUCUGAAAGAAAAGGGCAGGUCAAUGAUGACUGACUAGUGGAUGAAAUUCUUGCAUAUCCUCUACAUCUCUAUGAAACACCUAUGGGCAUCUGCAUUCUGGACAGAAGAGCAAUACAUAUAAAGUCACCCCCCAACAAAAAUCAUCCUCCUGCCUAAAGAUAAUAGGGAAAUAAUAGAGUUUAAAACAUAGGCUGUGGAGUCAUGCAAACAAGGGGUUAACAGACAGGACUGCUCCUGACAAGCUGGGUGCCUUGGGGAAGUUUUUCAAUAUCUCGGUGUCCUGGGCCUCAUCCCCCAUCACCCAUUAGGAUGCCGCAUCACAUACAGUGGGGCGUGGUGCACUUCCUAGAACUUCAUUCUCUGGAAUUUCACUUCUAGAUCUCAGAACUCUGCCUCAGACACCACUUGUGUCACGUCCACAACUUUGGUCUCAUUAUUCUCUUCACAUCAGAAAUAAGAAAAUACCUCAGUACCAGACUGUCCUUUGUGGUGCAAAAGAAUGACGAACAGCCUUGAAAAUACGUUUUGAAACCAGAGAAUCAUUGGUAGAAAAACAUCCACUCUUUUAACCCCUUCACAACCUCACAAGUCAGAUUUUUUUUUUUUCAUGCUUGUUAGACAGACAUGAGCAGAGCAAGACGAUGGACCAAAUACUGAGACUCACCAGGGCAGAAAGCCUGGAUGCCUUGCAAGGGGCAAAACUGGGGAAGCAAGAACCUUGUCCCUGGGUAACCUGUCCUCCCCUAGCAUAUCUCUGGUCAUGAGGUUUGGACCCCUGAUCUUUCCUAUCGCUGGUCGGGCAGUUUAGACCCCCUGACCUUUUCCUCCUAAAGAUAACAUCUAGGCCUCAGUUAUAUUUCAGCUCCAGGCCCAGAAAAGCAGCAAAACCAGACAAGUGACACCGUGGCUGCCUCAGGGCCAGCUACACUAAUGACCCCCUGCCCGGGCACCGAGCAUCAGUGGAGACCACAACCCCAAAGGAGCAUACAAGCAAAGAUAAUGGAUAUUCUAUUCAGACCCUCCCCUGGGACCUCCCCUAAGAUUCCCACCGGCAGGAGAGAGAGAAGUAUGGUCAGGACAAAGGACCCAGUGCACACUCUCCCCCAGAGGAGCCAUUCCCUUCCCCCUUCUUCCCUUUAAGUGACCCCGCGAGACGUGCAAUGAGGGGAGCAAUGGGCAGUGGCAUUGCUAACCCCCCGAGCCUGUCUCCAAGGCCUGCUGUUCUCUGACUUCUCAGUGAGCCAGAGCAGCCCACCCUACACUCUUCUGUUGCUUCUAUGCCCUUCCUUGUUUCACUGUCCUAAGUAUAUUUUUGCUGCCAUCAUGGACCCAAUGCCCUUUGGCUCAGUGCUGUGUACCCCUUCCCUUUGGAUGUCCCAGCCCCCAGCCCCUCUCCUUAAAUAAAUUCGAAUCUUCUUUA